AUGGUCCAGGGCCCCGCCCGCCACAACCACAAGGCCCUGCUGGAAAUAGCAGCCCUAGCUCUGGGCCCGCCCGCCCCUGGGGCCCUCCCCUCGCCAGGCGCCCGCCGUGGGGCCAUUGCACUGGGCAAGGGGAUGGCGCCCAAGCUGCACUGCCUCCUGCUGCUGACGCUGCUGGGCUGGGUGGUGGCGGCCGGGAUCGGGGCCCACCCGAGGCAGGGGGAGACGGCCAGACGGGUCAAUGCCACAGAGUUGAAGGCUGCAGUCCUGCCCUGUGGGGAGUCCGGGGCUGUGUAUGGGGACCCCCCCACUCAGCUGUCACUUUCCUGGCUGUGGAGGGUCCCAUGGGGCCAGGAGCUGCUGAGUCUGAACGUGACCCUGGGGGAGCUGCCCCCCCGCACCAGGAUUGGCAUCGGGGCCCAGGGGUCCCUGGUGCUGCCCAACGUCUCCACCGCAGACGCAGGCGUCUACAGCUGCCAGUGGGACAGGGACAGCGGGGGGAACGUGCUGCUCAAUGUGCCAGGGAACCGGGAGCUCUACAUCUCUGGGACCCGGGGGGGGCAGGUCGUGCUCCCCUGCGCCGGGGGAAAUGCCACUGCUGUGGACUGGUUCAGGGAUGCAAACAACCAGUCGGUCCGCGCUGGCCCUCGGCACCAGCCCAACGGCAGCUCCCUGCUCAUCGAGGGGCUGGAGUCAGGGGACGCCGGGCGGUACCAGUGCCAAGCCGGGAACCAGAGCUGGACUGUGCAGCUGCACCUGGGAGGGGAGCCGUCGUUCUCGGUGCUGGCGGGGGACACGGCCUGGCUCCCCUGCAAUGGCUCCAUGCCGGACGCCUGGGUCCAAGGCUCCCUGGCGUGGAAGCGGCUGGGCCCGGGGGGCUCAUGGAAGCAGCUGGUGGAGCUGGCGGCUCGGCGCCACGGAGCCUACAUGUUCCAGCUCGCCCUGGGCACCGGGGCAGCCCUGGUGCUGCCGGCAGUGACGCUCGACCAGGCCGGGACCUACCGCUGUGUCCGGGGCAACCACAGCCACACCGUGGAGCUGGAGGUCACGGCCCGCACAGGAGGGUGGCAGCCCUGGAUCGUGGGGGCUGCGGCACUUGGAUACGUUGCUAUUGGCCUGGCCUCCCUCUUUGGAUACUACCAGAUCCGCCGAGCCCUGCAGACCAGGAGGAGGAGGAAACGCCUGAUGGAUCCGGCCAGGAGGUUUUUCAAGGUGACUGGGAACGGGGCUCACACCCCUUACGGGAAUGUCCUACCCCUUGCAGACACCACUGGUGUGAGGCAGACGGAUGCACUGCCCUAUGAGAACGUGGCAGCGGGUGCAAGAGGGCAGGGGCGGCCACUGCCUGCAGAGGGGCCCAUCAGUACUGUCGAGUCAGAGGAUGAGGAGGAGUAUGAGCACCCGGACAGUGAGGAAGAACCAGCACCCGAGGAUGGCGAUGGCUAUGAAAACACCAAUGGGGACAUGAAACUGUGCAUGGGGGACAAAGGGUCCAGCGACGGCGCCUGCUACGAGAACAGUCUGGAGGAGAACAGAGCAGGAGGCAACUGGACUUCAGAUGCUGCCCACUACACAAAUGCUCGCCAGAGCCCCGGGGCCGAAGACCAGGUCUCUGAAGACAGCGAGUGUUACGAGAACACGGAGGAGGACAGCGCCCCGCUGAGCCCUGGAGCUGCGCGGCUCGUAACAGACCUGCGGAUGCUGCUGCUGGGUGCGUGUGAGGAGCCGGAGCGGGAUCGGCAGGACGGACACAGCGAGGGCUCUGCUGGCUCCCAGGCCUAUGAGGAGAUGGCCGGGGCUCUGUAUGCAGCCCCCGCCCGGCACCUCCGCCUCCGGGACCGCAGCCAGGAGGAAGAUGCCGAUUCCUACGAGAACAUGGAGGGGGGGCCAGGCUGCGUCCUGCCCCCCCGGGAGGGGAGCCUGGAGCUGCGAGGAGACGCUGCGGGGCUCAGGGCCCCAGGGCCCGUGGGAGCUGAACCCGCCAGGCGGGCGGUGCCCCGGAGCCUGACUCGGGACUAGGAGACGCCGCCCCUGGGCCGAGACAGGCAGCGAGUGUAGCUGAGCCCACGAGCACAGGGCUCUCGGGGAGGGCCCCGCGCCCCCAUGGAUCCGCUCCCCAUCCCACGUCCUGGGCCCCGCUGCCGGGGACGACCCCAAGGCUGCGGGGCGCCCGUGGGCUCAGGGAGCUGUGCCGCAGGGCUCCAGACACUGUUUCCAUGGCUCUGCCAUGGCCAGCUGCCGACACCGUGCCCCCAGGUGCCUCUGGCCUGCCCCCGCCCCGGGCUCGGCUGCCCCACACGGGCAGCUCCAUCCAGCUGGGCUGGACCGCAUUCCCUCGGCGCCUGACACGUGCAUGUCCAGGCUGGGGACAGGGCCCCCCCAGUGCCUGUACCCCCUAUGACAUGCUGGGGACAGGGCCCCCCAGUGCCUGUACCCCCCCCGAUGACACGCUGGGGACAGGGACCCCCCAGUACCUGUACCCCCCAUGACAUGCUGGGGACAGGGACCCCCCAGUGCCUGUACCCCCCAUGACAUGCUGGGGACAGGGCCCCCCAGUGCCUGUACCCCCCCGAUGACACGCUGGGGACAGGGACCCCUCAGUACCUGUACCGCCCCUCCCAUGACACACUGGGGACAGGGCCCUCCCGAUGACAUGCUGGGGACAGGGCCACCCCAGUACCUGUACCCCCCAAUGACACACUUGUGUACCGCCCCCCCCAUGUCUGUACCCACCACCCCAUUACACGCUGGGGACGGACAGGUUGGCCCCAGCACCAGUACACACCCUCCUGAGCAGCAAUCUCUCCCCACACAUCUCCACUGCCCCUUGGCCUGAUGUGUACGCAGGGGCGGCUCUAUGUGUUUUGCCGCCCCAAGCACGGCAGGCAGGCAGCUUUCAGCGGCGCACCUGCAGGAGGUCCCCGGUUCCGCGGCUUCUGCGUAUCCAUCGCCGAAUUGCCGCCGAAGCCGCAGGACCAGUGGACCUCCGAAGGCACGCCACCGAAGGCAGCCUGACCGCCCCCCGCGGCUUGCCGCCCCAGGCACACGCUUGCUGCGCUGGUGCCUGGAGCCGCCCCUGUGUGUAUGAAGAGCAGGGGCCACGGCAGGCAAC